AUGGAGGAGGCUGAGCCAGAAGAAGUGGAGGAUGAACUCCCCAUGUUUCAAGAGCACUACAAUACUCUCUUCUCUAUGGAGUUUGUGGAGACCAAGUACCCACAUGAUGAUACAAUGAAGGUGCUUGAGAUCUUCAAGGAUGUGGAGCUAGUGCUUAAGAACAUGCACUUGGCAAAGUUCUUCUCUCAUCGCAUGGAAUCAUACAAGGAGCUCACUUCCCUUUCCCAAGGUGAAAGCUAUCAUCCAAGACAUGAUCUCAGAAACAGGGGGUUAGCCAGUGAGAGUCAAGCCUUGGAGGCAGUAGGAUCAUUGCUCAAACUAAUCCAUCCAACACCUAUGAACUCCAUUUCGAGAGCAAGGUUUAUUGGAGCUCUUAGUGGACCUUUUCAAGCGAUUUCCAACACUUCCAUGUGGAAAAUCGCCUAUGAACAUACAAGCCAGGGGUCUUUUGGAGCAUUCUGGAGCAUAUGGGACAGAGGAGCAUGGAGGGACUUGGCACAUGGACGCAGCUCAACUGGACACGCAAAGGAAGAAGGAGAAGCCAUCUUGAAGACCAGCUCGACCACCUACUCGACCAACCGGUCGAGUUCCUCAACUCGACCGGCCAAGCUUCAACUCGAUCGAGCUGAGAAGUCAACAGUGUAUGCGAACUCGAUCGAGUCGGUCUACAGAAGACUUGGUCGAGCUAGACUUACAACGGGUAGAAAGAGGGUUCAGAGGUCACAGAGGGUACAAGAGGAACCUGAGGUGCUUGUUGCUGAUACAAUGGAUGUACCAGAGGGGAAUGGAAACCCUUUGGGCAAUGGACUCGGUCGAGCUAGGCAAACUCGACCGAUUGGUCAAGGAGAUGCUCCAAACCGCCACCAACAGAGACAAGGGAUUGUUCCACCACCAGUGCAGAACCACAACUUUGAGAUCAAGCUGGGAAUGAUCAACCUUGUCCAGAACAAGAUGUUCCAUGGAUUGCCAAGUGAAGACCCCAUUGACCACCUUGAUGAGUUUGAUAGGCUUUGUGAUUUGACAAAGAUCAAUGGUGUCUCUGAAGAUGCCAUCAAGCUGAGACUCUUUCCUAUGUCUCUAGCUGACAAAGCUCACCAAUGGGAGAAGAGCUUGCCCCAUGGCACAAUCACCACUUGGGAUGAAUGCAAGAAGGCCUUUCUUGCUAAGUUUUUCUCCACCGGUCGCACAGCCAAGCUUAGAGGAGAGAUAUCCAGCUUCAUCCAGCGAAACAAUGAGACAUUCGCAGAGGCUUGGGAGAGGUUCAAAGGCUACACAAGUCAGUGCCCACACCAUGGAUUCAACAAUGAAUCACUACUCUCCACUCUUUAUAGAGGAUGCUUGCCUAGGUAUAGGGAGAUGCUAGACACAGCUAGCAAUGGGAACUUCCUCAACCAGGAUGUAGAUGAUGGCUGGCAACUUGUGGAGAACAUAGCUAACUCAAAUGGAAGCUAUGGAGAAGAGUAUGAUCGCACCAACCGGAGCUCGACCCACCACUCGAUCGAGUCAGACGAAAAGUUGAGAAAAGAUGUUAAGGCAUUGAAUGAGAAGUUGGAUAAGCUGAUCCUAGCUCAGUCCACAAUGAAGAAAGUCAACUUUGUGUCUGCUGAGGAGAUGGAACCAGUCCAAGAAGGGGAGGAUACACAAUUUGCUGAGGUGUGCUACAUGAGCAAUGGGCAAGGAGGUUACAACAAAGGAUACUAUAAUUACAAGUCCAACCCUGCCAUGUCAUACCGCAACACUGAUGUUGCUAACCCUCAGGACCAAGUAUAUCCUCAACAACAAGCAGCUCGAUCGAGUCAGGUGCCACAACAUGGGCUUCCCCACCAACCGCCCCAGCCUGCACCUUCACAAGAGAAUGAGCUCAAGGCAAUGCUAAAGCAACUACUUCAAGGGCAAGCUGAUGGGGUAGUGGACACAAGCAAGAAGCUAGCUGAAAUAAACUCUAAGAUCGAGAACCUCAACACAAGGGUUUACUCUCUGGAGAAUCAUGCUUCUUCUGUUGCUGCUGCUACAAAGCAAGGACAACUACCUGGUAAAGCUAUUCAGAACCCCAAGGAACAGUGCAAGGUCAUCUUCACUCAAGAAGGACUUGUUGAAGAAGAGGAUCAAGAAAGGGUCAUUGAAGAUUUUUGUUUACUGCUGAAUGAUGAAGAGAUUGUUGCUGCUGAGGCUCCUGGAGUCCAGAUUGAUCAACCAGAAGUGCAUGCACCUACUGUGGCCAUUCACACUUCACCAGUUGAGCUCGCACGACAAGCUCGAUCGGCAGCUCGAUCGAGUCCAACUCUAGCUCGAUCGAGUCCGACCUCUUCUGUCCCAAGCCUUUUUGCUUGA